ACCUGCAGCAGAAGGAGUUCAGUUGAGUAAGAGGAAGUAGUCACAGAGUUCCAUCUUUUCUUGUUUCAUUUAAGCCUUUUUUUUCCCUACUGUGAAUCCUUCUUGUGCAGCUAUUGAACAAGCCUCUGAUCAAAGAGCUCAAUACCGUUUGUAUCCCAGAUACAAUAUAAAUAUUGACAUUUUUUUUGUGAACUCACUCAACUCAAUUCGUUAACUUUAAAAGGAUAUUAAGUUAAAUUGAUCAUCAUUCGGUACUUUAUUUUCUUCCCGGAGUAUAUUUUUAAACCUGUUUCUUUAUAUAUCUAUGAAAGAGGAUGAAGGAUGAAGACAUCACCAGUGACACCGGUCACGUUGACCCUGCUCCAGAUCUCAUCCAUUCUUCUAUGGAUUCUAGUUGUUUGCCAGAUGACUCUCUCAUCUCCAAUGUUUGGCACGAAGACAGUAGCUCAAGCCAAGGAACUCCUGGAAUGAACAGUAGCACGUGGGGGGAUUUCGAAAGUUUUAGUGAAUUCACUCCACAAUCAGAGACCUUUUGUUACGUUGAAGAAGACUUAUCUGGAGAAUUACAAUGUAACGGCACUAGUCCAACUGCACAUUUCACAAAGACCUUCAAGGAUGAAGACUUAUCUGGACCUUUGGAAUGUGACACUGGAUUGGACAGACGUCUGUUAGAAGGGGAUACAAAAGAUUUUGAAAACAUUUUCAGGGACAGCUUCCCUGAGUUGCCAGUGGACCAAACUAACGACGAUGUUGAAAGUUUAGACCAACUUCUGUUUUCACCGAAGGAAACUUGUGUUGACAAAAAAGUAAUCCAGAGUCCGCUACGGCCUCCAUGGUUCAACUGGGAAAGAGUUGGUGAAAUGUCGGUUCCCACUCCAGGCUGCAAAUGGAUGACCUCGGAAGCUUGCAGUAACCUCCUAGAUGUACUUGGAAUUGAUGUCUCUAAGAAGCCUUUGGAAACUAAAGACCAAAUCACGGAUGAUCUCAUUGGUCAUAAAACUACUAAUGGUGGAACCACGCACACAGUGAACAAUAAGGCUCUUAUUAAGACCAAGCUACACGUGGCCCCAGAUUCUAAGGAUGGACACCUCUUCUCCUACCAUCUCUUUUUAAAGAAGUCACCGACUGAUCUCAAUUUACCUUUUCUCACAUUUUAUGGAAAAAAAAGCUUUUUCAAUACAAACAUUCUAAGCCUUGAUUUCUAGAUGUUUGGCUUAACAUAGUUCUGGCUUAUUUUUUUUUUUAUCUUUUUGGACUUAUUUAAACAUUUAGUUGUGUAUAUUAAAGUGCUUAAUUUAUUGCACUACACACUUUAACGUUACUGAACAAUAUGUUAGCUCUUCUAAAACACUACUAUUAAUAAGAUAGUGAUUUUACAUAAAAUGAAAAUGGCCACCUUGAAGUAUGUGAAAUUAACGGAUUAAACACUCCAAUAGCCAGGUGGGAUUUAAAAUAAAUAAAUACA